AUGGCCUUUUCGAGAAUCGCUCUUCUUCACCAGCGAUUCUCUAGACAACAACGCCAAUUCCAAAGACCAUUCACUACGAAGCUUGACAACAGCAGAUUUCUUCAUCCCAAUCAAUCCAAACUUGCCCAAAACCUAAUCACGAUCUUCACAAGACAACAUUUUUCACCAGAAGACCCUGAGUUACUGAGACUCACUCCAGAGCUCAACACUAAGGUAGUUGAAACCGUCUUGAAUGGAUUCAAAAGGUGGGGGUUGGCUUAUCUGUUCUUCAAUUGGGCUUCGAAACAGGAAGGUUAUAGAAACGAUAUGUAUGCUUACAAUGCCAUGGCUUCUAUCCUAUCACGUGCUCGACAAAAUGCCUCACUGAAAGCUUUGGUCGGGGAUGUUCUGAGUUCUCGCUGUUUGAUGUCUCCUGGAGCGUUAGGGUUUUUCAUUAGGUGUCUGGGUAAUGCUGGGCUGGUGGAAGAAGCAAGUUUUCUUUUUGAUCGAGUUAGAGAGAUGGGUCUUUGUGUUCCGAAUGCUUAUACUUAUAACUGUUUGUUAGAAGCGAUUUCUAAGUCGAAUUCUAGCUCGGUUGAUUUGGUAGAGGCUAAGUUGGAGGAGAUGAGGAAUUGCGGGUUUCAAUUCGAUAAGUUUACUCUUACACCAGUUUUUCAGGUUUACUGUAGCACCGGGAAGGCUGAUAGAGCGGUUAGUGUUUUCAAUGAGAUUCUUAGUCGAGGUUGGCUUGAUGAACAUAUUUCAACGAUCUUGAUUGUAUCAUUUUGUAAAUGGGGUCAGGUGGAUAAAGCUUUUGACUUGAUUGAGAUGCUCUUAGAACGCCAUAUAAGAUUGAACUAUAAGACAUAUUGUGUUUUGAUUCAUGGGUUCGUAAAGGAGUCUCGGGUUGAUAAAGCACUUCAGUUGUUUGAGAAAAUGCGUCGGAUGGGUAUGAAGGCUGAUAUUGCGUUGUAUGAUGUGUUGAUAGGAGGACUUUGCAAGCAUAAAGAUCUUGAGAUGGCUUUGAGUUUGUAUUUGGAGAUCAAAAGGUCAGGAAUUCCACCUGAUAGAGGAAUACUUGGAAAGCUAAUACGUUCAUUUUCUGAAGAAAGUGAAUUAAGUCGGAUAACAGAAGUGAUAGUUGAAGAUAUAGACACAAAAUCUGUGAUGCUUCUUUACAAAUCAUUGUUGGAAGGGUUUAUUAGGAAUGAUUUGCUGCACGAUGCUUACAAAUUUAUUCAGAACCUCAUGGGAAAUCAUCAGUCGGAUGGUGUAUCUGAGAUUAUUAAGCUUCUAAAGGAUUAUAAUAAAGCAAUUCUCCCAGAUUCUGAUUCUGUUAGCAUUGUGAUUGAUUGCUUAGUCAAAGCUAGUAAGGUCGAUAUGGCAGUGACCUUGUUACAUGAUACUGUCCAGAACGGCCUUACUCCAGGUCUUAUGAUGUACAACAACAUAAUUGAGGGAAUGUGUAAAGAAAAAAGGUUGGAAGAAAGCUUGAAACUCUUGAGGGAAAUGAAGGACGCCGGAGUUGAACCAAGUCAAUUCACGCUUAAUUGUAUCUAUGGUUGCUUGGCUGAACGAUGCGAUGUUGCAGGAGCGCUCGACCUGCUGAAAAAGAUGCGUUUUUAUGGAUUUGAGCCAUGGAUAAAGCAUUCGACCUUCCUUGUAAAAAAACUGUGUGAGAAUGGGAGGGCUGUUGAUGCUUGCAAAUACCUCGAUGAUGUGGUUGGAGAAGGCUUCCUUGGUCACAUGGUUGCCUAUACUGCUGCGAUUGAUGGUCUAAUUAAAAAUGAUGGAGUAGAUAGAGGUUUAGAGUUAUUCCGAGACAUAUGUGCCAAAGGCCAUUCCCCUGAUGUGAUUGCAUAUAAUGUAUUGAUAAAGGCUCUCUGUAAAGCAUAUAGAACUACGGAAGCUGAUAACCUGUUUAACGAAAUGGUAUCAAAGGGACUAAAACCCUCUGUUGCUACUUAUAACAGUAUGAUAGAUGGAUGGUGCAAGGAGGGUGAGAUUGAUCGGGCCAUGUCUUGUAUUGCGAGGAUGUAUGAGGAUGAGAAAGACCCUGAUGUUAUUACUUACACGAGCUUAAUCCAUGGGCUAUGCGCAAGUGGAAGACCUAGUGAAGCGAUCUCUCAUUGGAAUGAAAUGAAGAGUAAACAUUACUGUCCAAAUAGAAUUACUUUCAUGGCACUUAUUCAGGGUCUUUGCAAAUGUGGCAGGUCUAGUGAAGCCUUAGUUUAUUUUCGUGAGAUGGAAGAAAAGGAAAUGGAGCCUGAUUCAGCUGUUUACUUAUCGCUUGUUAGCUCUUUUCUGUCAAGUGAAAACAUCAGUGCAGGAUUUGGGAUAUUCAGAGAGAUGGUUCAUACAGGAAGAUUUCCUGUGUCAUUAGAUAAGAACUAUCUGCUUGCUGUUGAUGCUACAAAUAAGUUUGUGGAAGACUUUAGGACAUCAUGUUAUCUUCCAGGUCUAAUAAAGGACGGCAGAUUUCCAAUUGUAGCUGCCGUGAUUAGAAAAUGA